AUGGCUGCCCGUGCUGCCGCCGCCGCCGCCGCCGCCGCCUGCGACGCCGUGCGCGGGGCUCUCUGCGCCGCCGCGUUGCGGGUGCGGAGCUGCCGCCGUUCCAUCUCCGCCGCCUCCUCUCCCGGGGCGCUCGCGGCCGGCCUCGCCGCGCUCCUGUGCUGCGGCGCCGCGGCGGCGGCGUUCCCGCGCGCGGCGGCCUCGCUCCUGCCGCUGGCGGCGACCACCGCCCUCUGCUGCGCGGCGGCGGGGCUCUUCGCGGCCGAGGAGCAGCGGGGCGCCGUGGAGGCCGUGGUGCUCGUGGGCGGGCGCCGCCAGCGGGGGAAGCCCGAGGCCGGGCUGGUGCAGGUGAUCGGCGAGGCCAACGCGAGCGCGUACGCAGCCAGCGGCGGGGGCGUCCAGGUGGGGUGCUUCCUGCGCAGGUCGGCGUGGCGCGGCGUGGACGAGGACGGCGAGGAGGUCGUCUUCGCCGGCACGCUGGCGCCCUGCCUGGCCGGAGGCGUGCCGCGGCUCGGACACGGCGCGCUGGAGGAGGAGGUCGCGGCGAUGCGGGUGGACCGGCUCGCCGAGGGCGUCUGGAACAGCUACUUCGGCGGGUGGUCCAGGUGGCACGACAUCGACAACGCCGCGGUCUAGGUGCUGCUGCUGGCUGCUGCUGCGGCCUGCGGGUCAAUUCAGUUCAAUCGGGUCCAUGUGGGCCGCGGGAAUUCCUUUGGAUAAACCGAAGCUUUUUCUGUGAAAUUCCUGCGGUUUAGAGUUUGUUGCUGUUGGCUGCUGAAAUUGUUCGACUAAAAUUCGUCCAAAUUUGGCACGAUGGUUGAUGGUUGACGGUUAAGUAGGGUGGUUGGCUUACUAGGUGAAUCAUCACUUAAUUAAUCGGUCGUGCUCUGACGGGCCCCCACCAAUUUAGUUUCCAUCAACCAUGUUUGUUGGCUGGUUCUUGUCA